AUGGAGAUGACAAGGAAUACUGGCGAUAAAAUAAGCCUAGGAAGGCGUCGCUUGUGCAUGAUAGAAGAAGAAAGGAGAGCCGGGGAGACUGGUAAGUGUAUUAAAAGACGACGAAGAGACCCUUCCACAUUUGCAUUAAGCUGCAAUAUUAAUGAUCAACAAAGUGACCAGCAGCAGCAGCAACAAUCACUUGGUGAUCGAACAGCAGCUGUUGCCACUACUGUCAAGAGAAGUUCAAGAUUUCGGGGAGUUAGCAGGCACCGUUGGACCGGACGAUUUGAAGCUCAUUUAUGGGAUAAAGGAACUUGGAAUCCAACACAGAGAAAGAAGGGUAAACAAGUUUAUCUUGGAGCUUAUGAUGAAGAAGAAUCCGCUGCAAGAGCAUAUGAUUUAGCUGCUCUCAAGUACUGGGGAACGUCAACUUUCACAAAUUUUCCGGCGUCUGACUACGAGAAAGAGAUUGAAAUAAUGAAAACGGUAACCAAAGAAGAAUAUCUAGCCUCCUUGAGAAGGAGAAGCAGUGGGUUUUCAAGAGGUGUAUCCAAAUACAGAGGAGUUGCUAGGCACCAUCACAACGGGAGAUGGGAAGCAAGGAUAGGGAGAGUGUUUGGAAACAAGUAUCUUUAUCUUGGCACGUACAGCACUCAAGAGGAAGCUGCUCAUGCCUAUGAUAUAGCAGCCAUUGAAUACAGAGGGAUCAAUGCUGUAACCAAUUUCGAUUUAAGCACAUACAUCAGAUGGCUGAAGCCAGAAGCCAGUCUUCCUGCACCUCAACCUCAAGAAUCGAAGCCAGCUUCAGACCCCCUGCCGAUGGCAACCUUCUCCAAUCACCUUCCGAGCGAGAAACCAACCCAGCUAUCCGUUCUCCAGAUGGACCCUUCUUUAAUGGAUAAUUUAAACACCCCUAAAAACGAGGACAUUUUUCACAGGAAGACGCUUCCCGUUAGCCCCCUCUCCAGGUCAUCCUCCUCGACUGCCCUUAGCCUCCUCUUUAAAUCUUCAAUAUUCAAAGAGCUUGUGGAGAAGAACUUGAAUACCACCUCCGAAGAAAUUGAAGAAAAUGAUUCGAAAAACCCGCAUAAUGGCAACAACAAUGCCGGGGAGGCAUUCUAUGAUGGACUCGGCCCCAUUCCUCACAGGGGCACUUCAAACGAGGAUCCGUUCUUGUGUUCAGAGCAAGGAGAGACAAAUACAUUGCCACCAUACAAUGGAAUGGAGCAAUCUCUUUGGAAUGGAGCCUUGAGCAUGCCUUCUCGUUUCCAUUAACUAGAGAUUCCAACUUCCUUCUGCCUCUUCCUUGCAUGAGGCAAUGCAGCUAACUAGCCUGUGAACAAGUACCAUAAAUUGCUCUUACAAAUAAAUGCAGAUACCCUCUCCUCCC